AUGAAUAACAACAGUUCUGAUGAAGAGUCAGAUGAGAUCAGCGAUUCUGAGAUUGAGGUCUACGCUGAUAAGCCUUACAGUCAACUCCAGAACGGGGAUUUCAAGGUUAAGGUGAAGGAAGGCACAUUCAGGUGCCCUUUCUGCGCAGGGAAGAAGAAGCAGCAUUACAAGUACAAGGAGCUGUUUGCUCAUGCGUCUGGUGUCGCCAAAGGAUCUUCUAGUAGAAGUGCUAAGCUGAAAGCAAAUCACUUUGCUUUAGCCAAGUACAUGGAGAACGAGCUUGCUGGUGAUGCUGAAGUCCAACGCCCAAGAGUCACCGCUUCCUCGUCCAAGCAGAGUGAACCGUAUGUGUGGCCUUGGAUGGGGAUUGUCAUCCACCCACUGAGAAGAACCGAUGACAAGAGCUCGCUCCUUGAAUCAGCUUACUGGUUGAAGAAGCUCGCCAGAUUCAGUCCUCUUGAGGUGAAGACCCUUUGGGUUGAGCAGGAUUCGCUAGUUGCAGUCAUUACUAAGUUUAACAGUGGUUAUGGUGGGUUCACGAAUGCCUCAGCGCUUGAGAAGGAAUAUGAGGUAAAGCGCUGUGGCAAGAAGGACUGGAGUGAGAAAACAGGAGACUGGAGAUCCAAGGCUUAUGGUUGGUGCGCUCGUGCAGAUGACUACAACUCUCAAGGGACGAUAGCGGAGUACCUGUCAACAGUAGGAACUCUGAGAAGUUUCUCUGACAUUUCAAAGGAGGAAAUGCAGAAUACGAAUACUGUUGUGCAGGAUCUAGCAAAUAAAAUUGCUAUGACGAAUGAGGAUCUGAACAAUGCCGAAUACAAGUACAACCAGAAGGCGAACUCUCUGAACAGGCAUCUCAGAGAGAAAGACAAGCUGGACCAAGCUUAUAAAGAAGAGACAAAAAGGAUGCAGGAGUAUUCGCGGCAACAUAUCCGAAAUAUAUUAGAUGAAAAAAAGAAGCUGAAUGAUGUACUGGAGUUGAAGAUGAAGAACCUCAAGAUUUUCUCCGAAAAUUUGGCAAAGAAGGAAGCAUUAACUGAACUGGAGAGACAAAAGCUUGAUGAAGAGAAGAAGAAGAACGAUGCCAUGAACCGCUCCCUUCAGUUAGCUUCAGUGGAGCAGAAACGGGCAGAUGAUAGUGUCUUGAAACUUGUGGAAGAACACAAGAGGAAAAAGGAAGAGACUUUGAACAAGAUCCUUCAGCUUGAGAAGGAGUUAGACAGCAAGCAGAAACUUCAAAUGGAGAUUCAAGAGCUGAAAGGAAGGCUGAACGUGAUGAAAGUGGAAGAUGAAGUUGACGAGGACAUGGAAAAGAAAAUGAAGGAGAUGAAUGAAAAGCUGGAGGAGAAGUGUUCUGAGUUAGAAGACUUGGAGGAGAUGAACUCGCACCUCAUGACAAAAGAACGUCAAAGCAAUGAUGAGAUACAAGAAGCUCGCAAAGAAUUGAUUACGGGACUGAGUGAGUUGUUGAGUGAUAAAACGAACAUCAGAAUAAAGAGGAUGGGAGAGCUUGAUGAAAAACCCUUCCUGAAAGCAUGCAAGCAGAGAUUCAGGGGCGAGGAAGCUGGUGUGCAGCAUGCCAUACUCUUGUCGAGAUGGCAGGAAAUCCUCAAGGAUUCUAAUUGGCAUCCAUUCAAACGCAUAGGGACUGAAGACAAAAUGAAGGAAGUGGUGGAUGAAGAAGAUGAGCAAAUUAGGGGUCUGAGAGAGGAGUGGGGAGAAGAUGUGAUGAACGCAGUGAAGACAGCACUGGAGGAGCUGAAUGAGUACAAUCGAAGUGGGGGUUACUCAGUCCAGCCACGACCAAUCGCCGCCUUCUCUUCCAUCUACUCCGCCUCUGAUUACCAGAUUUGUAUGAAACCGGAUCGGGUCUACCUCUAG